GCCGAGCAGGAGAGGAGACGUUGCUCUUUUCCAGUAACGACAUCGCAUUCUCAGACUCCGUAAGAAAGCGAGAGAAAGCGCAAGCCUAAAUUCCUCCUACCCAAUCCUCUAAUUCUUUGUUUUCUCUUUAAUUCUUCAGUAUUACAUCUUCUCCACAAAGAAACAAACAAAAAGGCUUUUUCGUGCUCAAUUUUGUUUUCCCUUUUUUUUUUUGAGUAGGUUUUAGGUUAACUUUUCUCUUCAACUCUCAAUCAUUGGGUUGUAAAUCGGUGUUUCCCGUGUUUAACGAUUUAGAGGGUGAUUUAGUCGAGUCAGACUCAGGAGGAAUGUUCUUCUCUGGCGAUCCGUCGACUCGAAAGCGAGUUGAUUUAGGGGGUCGGAGCACAAAAGAGAGGGAUAGGCAGAAACUUCUGGAGCAAACCAGGUUAGAGCGGAACCGGCGACUCUGGUUGCGCCAGCAGAACAGUGCAGCUCUUAAAAUUCAGAAAUGCUUCAGAGGUAGGAAGGCAGUGCUAGCUGAAAAAGCAAAAGUGCGAGAUCAGUUUCGCAUAACGUAUGGGGAGAACUGCCAACGUGUAGACAGGCAUUGUUUUGGUCCGGAUUCAGAGUUUCUUCGGCAGCUGUUAUUUUUCUUUGAUGCACAAAACGUUGGUGAUGUUUCUGUCCUUGUGGAAACAUGCAGAUUACUUCAGCAUUUUGUUAGAGAUGCAGGGGAUGUUGUGAGCCUCUUUGCUGGAGCAGAUUAUUUGUAUAAUCAUUCUUUGGUGGACUACAGAGUGAGGCGAUUUGUAUAUAUCUGUGUCCAGGCAGUAUAUCAUAAAAGAAAUCGGUUGAAGCUUCAAUUAUUUAUGGAACCUGAGGAUUCUAACAAGUCAUCGACUGUCUUGCUAGAAGCUGUGAUUUUGUUAAUAGAUCCAAAACUCCCCUGGGUUUGUAAGAUAAUUGGGUAUCUAUUGCAGAGAAAUGCAUUCGCUUUGUUUCGGGAGAUUGUUCUUACAGAGAAGGAAAAUGUAAAACCUUUAAUUUCCUUUGGGAAAAUAUCUUCUUCACUGGAGCGUGUGCUUGUGCUCAUAAUCUCUCAUGUUGGUCGGACGCCUUGCCUUUGUCAAAAUAUUGAUCCAUGUUGGAGUUUCCCGUCCCAGAUUCUAACAAUUCCUUUCCUGUGGCAGAUUUUCCCCCAUCUAAAAGAGGUUUUUGGAACUCGGGAGCUGAGCCAGCAUUACAUUCAUCGGAUGGCAUUCCCCGUACAAAGUAAUGCUAAUUUAUUGCCUGAUGAUGUUUCAGCAGAGUAUCCUGGUUAUGCUUGCCUUCUUGGAAAUAUAUUAGAAACUGCGGUAGUUGCUUUAUCUCAGCCUGACUGCUCUUUUGAAAUGGCCAUAGAUCUUGCAGCUGUUAUAACAUUCUUGCUGGAGGCACUUCCUCCUCUAAAGCUGUCUAAUAGAGAAAAUAAAGAAAAUUCCAUGGUAGGUGAGGAUGAUGUACCUGGCAGUGAUGAAGGUAUUGAAAUAGCUCUGAAUAGGGAUUUGGAACAGCAGAUAACCACUGCUAUUGAUUCACGAUUUCUUCUUCAAUUGACAACUGUGCUAUUUCGAGGAUGUUCACCUGGUUCGCAUGGUGAAGCACCAGAAUCUAAAGAGGUGGCAGCAAUUGGUGCUGCCUGUGCUUUUCUGCACGUUACUUUCAAUUCGUUACCUCUUGAGAGAAUCAUGACCGUACUCGCUUAUAGAACUGAAUUUAUUCCUGUGCUUUGGAGUUUUAUGAAGCGGUGUCAUGAGAAUCAAAAGUGGCCGUCCUUGCCUGAGCGGUUCUCUUAUCUCUUAGGAGAUGCACCUGGUUGUCUACUACCUCUGGCUGCUUUCUGUCCUGUAUACAAGCACAUGCUUAUGAUUGUUGAUAAUGAGGAGUUCUAUGAACGAGAAAAGCCAUUAUCAUUGACAGACAUCAGAUGCCUGAUUGUUAUUCUGAGACAGGCAUUGUGGCAGCUCUUGUGGGUGAAUCCUAUGUCACACCCUUCUUCGGUGAAAUCUGUCACCAACACCCCUGUAAUUAAGGGCCAUCAUGUUGAGUCCAUUGAACAAAGGGUUAGUACUGUAGCAGCUGAGCUCCUCUCACAGUUGCAAGAUUGGAACAAUAGAAGACAGUUUACACCUCCUGGCGACUUCCACGCUGAUGGCGUGAGUGAGUUUUUCAUGUCUCAGGCAGUAAUAGAAGGAACCAAAGCAAAUGAUAUACUGAAGCGGGCUCCUUUCUUGGUACCUUUUACGAGCAGGGUUAAAAUAUUCACUUCACAAUUAGCUGCAGCCAGGCAAAGGAAUGGGUCUCAAAGCGUUUUCACAAGAAAUCGGUUUCGUAUACGACGGGAUCACAUUCUGGAAGAUGCCUACAAUCAAAUGAGUGCCUUAUCUGAAGAGGAUCUCCGAGGAGCGAUUCGUGUUACGUUUGUCAAUGAGUUUGGUGUUGAGGAGGCUGGUAUUGAUGGUGGUGGAAUCUUCAAGGAUUUUAUGGAGAAUAUUACUAGAGCAGCCUUUGAUGUGCAGUAUGGAUUGUUUAAGGAAACAUCCGAUCACCUGCUUUUCCCUAAUCCUGGGUCAGGAAUGAUCCAUGAACAACAUCUCCAAUUUUUUCAUUUUCUUGGAACACUUCUUGGAAAGGCCAUGUUUGAAGGGAUUCUUAUUGAUAUACCUUUUGCAACUUUCUUCUUGAGCAAAUUAAAGCAAAAGUACAACUAUUUGAAUGAUUUGCCUUCAUUGGACCCAGAAUUAUAUCGCCACCUCAUUUUCUUAAAGCACUAUAAAGGUGAUCUUUCAGAGUUGGAGCUUUACUUUGUUAUUGUAAAUAAUGAAUAUGGAGAACAAAUAGAAGAAGAGCUGCUUCCAGGUGGAAGAAACAUACGCGUCACGAAUGAGAAUGUCAUCACAUUUAUCCAUCUUGUUUCCAAUCAUCGUUUGAAUUUUCAGAUACGUCAACAAAGUUCUCAUUUCUUAAGAGGCUUUCAGCAACUUAUACAGAAAGUUUGGAUUGAUAUGUUUAAUGAGCAUGAGCUUCAGCUUCUGAUAUCGGGUUCGCUCGAUAGCUUAGAUGUUGAUGACCUUCGAAUAAAUACCAACUAUGCGGGUGGUUAUCAUGCUGCACACUAUGUCAUUGAGAUGUUCUGGGAAGUGGUCAAAGGGUUUUCAUUGGAAAAUCAAAAGAAAUUUUUGAAGUUUGUGACCGGGUGCUCUCGAGGGCCACUACUUGGAUUUAAAUACCUCGAGCCUUUAUUCUGCAUACAAAGGGCUGGUGGUAGUGCUUCUGAAGAGAUUCUUGAUCGAUUGCCAACAUCUGCUACUUGUAUGAAUCUUCUAAAGCUUCCUCCAUAUAGAAGCAAAGAUCAAUUGGAAACAAAAUUGCUGUAUGCUAUCAAUGCGGAUGCUGGUUUUGAUUUGAGCUGACAAUCGGAUGUACUUUAUGAUUGCGCCAAAAAUCAUAGUAUAUGACAACUGGAAGCUUCAUUAUUUCCACAACGGCACCAUUUCCUGGAUUUCAUGGAAGCCAUAUUAAUACAUGCUUCUGCUAAUGGGUCCAUAAGGGAUUAUAAAGGGUGUGGAAGGACGACUAGAGAGGAUGCUAUACCAUAGUGCAUGCCCACAAGCUUCAAGAAGCCAGUCGAUUUGUAGAUUCUGGACCUCUUGCAAGUAGAGGCCAAAAGCCAUCUAUUGUUAAAACUAAAAUGUGUGGUAAACAAUUCUGUAAAUUAGAAGGGUAUAUGAUUGUUACGUAGGUUCCUUUCGAAAAGGUUUGCAACUGUCUGCUUUUGAAUCAAUUUGUACUUAUUAUUUGUAAAUGAGGUAAUGAUGAAUUUACUGGGGGUAAGUAGUGGUACCCAACUUCUACUCUUAAAUAUUUGUUAAAAGCAUCUAGUGUUCCUUCCUGCAAAAAGCAUCUAGUGCAAAAAGGGUGAAGGAAAAGAGAUUCUCAUGCU